GCGUAAAUUCAGCCAUUCAUCCCGGUUCGCUCCCGCGCUACGCUGGCUGCAGGUUUGUUCCCAAGCGGCGAACGCCUCCCCGGAUGGCAAGGAGCUGAGCAGAAUUUUCCAUUUUUUUUGCAAGCAAGAGGAGUUGGAGGCGGCGGGACGCUUACACCUUUCCUUUCUGCAUAAAAGGACUCUGAACUUAGCAUGAACCCGGGGCAGCAGUUAACUGAGUAAGAAGGGACGACGGCGUACGUGUGCAGAUAACGCCGGCGAGGAGAAAAGCCGCGUUCCGCAGCUCAUUUUGCCUGGUGGUUCCUACCAAACUGCAAAAGCCGCGCUCGGUUUUCCAAGGGAGAGAGACUCCAGCGGAGUUUGAGGCAGCGUGAUUAGAGGAGAGGCUGUGUUUGCUUAUUGCUCAAGGAAAGGGGCCGCUGAAUUGUUGCAGCACGUAACUGGAGGCUUGUUUUACCGAGUAAACAAUGCCGGGUGGCAGCGGAGCGUCACACCAGCUCGCGGGACCGUCGCGGGCAUUAACCUGUCCGUCCACCCCUCCUGGACCUCACCCAACCCGCCCUGUUGCAGGGAUUUAGUUUGUAACCGACGCACGUUUGGGAGGAAUUUGCAACUUUCCAGCCUCUCCCCGGGCUCUACCCAGGUCUUUCCUAAAGAAACAUUUCCGACGUUGUCAUUAGGGGCUGUUUCUCUAAAUAUUUUAAAGCUCCGUGGUGCGGCUUUCUCACCCGACGGUUGGCAGCCCCAUGCCGGAGGAGGCUGGUACGGAGCCCAUUAGGCAGCGGAGACGGGGAGUUCAGCUGCAGGACAGCAGCGAUGAAGCACUGUUUUUACAAUGAGACCGUGGGGUUCUUCUACAACAACAGCCGCAAAGAGCUGACCACGUACUGGAGGACGAAGGAUGUCCUGGUGGUUGCCCUGGGCCUGACGGUGAGCGUCAUCGUGCUCCUGACCAACCUGCUGGUCAUCACCGCUAUCAUCAUCAACCGGCGUUUCCACUACCCCAUCUACUACCUGCUGGGGAACUUGGCAGCGGCCGACCUCUUUGCUGGCAUCGCCUACAUGUUUCUCAUGUUCCACACGGGGCCCAGGACAGCGGAGCUCUCCCUGAAGACCUGGUUCAUCCGCCAGAGCCUGCUGGACACCAGCUUGACGGCCUCUGUGGUGAACCUGCUGGCAAUCGCUGUAGAAAGGCACCAGACUGUGUUCACUAUGCAGUUACACAGCAAAAUGUCCAACCAACGCGUGAUGAUCCUCAUUUUCUGUAUUUGGGUCACGGCCCUGCUCCUGGGGCUCAUCCCCUCCUACGGCUGGCACUGUCUCUGCGCCCUGGAGAAGUGCUCCAGCAUGGCACCGCUCUACAGCAGGAGCUACCUGACCUUCUGGGCCAUCUCCAACCUGGUCAUCUUCCUCAUCAUGGUGGUUGUCUACACGCACAUCUUCAUCUACGUCAAGAGGAAGAUGACACGGAUGUCCAAGCAUACCAGCUUCCACCCCCGCUACAAGGAGACCAUGAUCAGCCUUGUCAAGACGGUCACUAUUAUCCUAAGUGCUUUUGUCAUCUGCUGGACUCCAGGACAAGUCGUGCUCCUCCUGGACGGCCUGGGCUGCAAGAGCUGCAACGUUCUAGCGGUGGAGAAAUACGUCCUUUUGCUGGCAGAGAUCAAUUCGUUGAUAAACGCUAUCGUCUACUCUUACAGGGACAACGAGAUGCGGAGCACCUUCCGGAGGAUCCUCUGCUUUGUCUGUUAUAGGAAUUCCAAAUACACCCCCACGGUGGUGAAGUUGAACACCGCAGACCGCAGAACGCUGUCUCAGAACGGGCACUUUACCGUGGAUUCCUCUAUUUAGCUCUUGAACAGUGGCCACUUCCUGAGCGAAAAGAGCAGAGGCUGAGAGCGACCUGCUUCUAAAGCAGCAGAGACUUCUUUUUAUGUGCUCAAGCAUAAAUAUUUCUAUAGAAUUCCUUGUCAUCGGUAAAGGACAGGAUGCUUUUAAGGAACUGCUGGAUGGUGCGUUAUUUAGGACAAACAUACUUUGAGUAGUACCCUUAUUAAAGACUGCUAUUUCUAAUGCAAAGUUGAUUUAAUUUCGCAGCAGCUAGAACUAUGCUGUGUGCAACAGGAACCUCGUGCGAUCUCGCAACGAGCAAAGCAUGUUCCCUGGUAUUUCAGUAUCGUUGCCUUCAGAAAGUCGUUCCAGCGGUAGCGUACUCCAAAGAGCCGAAGCUCUUCAGCUUUACGCGUCGCUUCCUAAAGAGAGCUGCUUAGUGUUAUCCCCAGAGAGUCUUAUUCAGGUCGUGUUCCACCCGCUUCAGAAGCUGUAUUCUUCUUAAGGCUUCUUCCGAGAGGGGAAUCUGCUUGAUUUGCUUCCUGAGAAGCAGAUUCCUGCCCUCCGAAGUGUCUGUUGCCGAAUUUCAAAGCGCUGGGGGCUUGUGGAGGCUGUCGUAGGAGCACCUAAUGCCUUCCUAAAGUGCAGAGCGGUGCUGUUAACUGGCUGCAGUCGUGUUUGUGUUCUGCGAAGUGAUACCCUGUGGCGUUCACGAGUUCGUUGCCUAUUCAUAAAUGCGGAGUGAGUCAUGUUCCCACUCAACCAUCUUUCUACGCGCUGGAAGCCCUUUGGGACAGGUUUAGGUUAGGUUCCAAGGCAAAAAAAAAAAAAAUCACUAUUUUGCCUUAGGUUUUAAUGUGCGGUUUGUACCUUAAUACUCAACCGCUCCACUAAUGCGUUAACGGGCUGCUCAAACGUAGUCUUUCUCUCAGCAAAGCACCAUCAGAAAUUAGCAGUAUUAAUGAAUAUUAGCGCACGCAGGUUCUAGUUCUCUGAGUAAGGCGGUUGGCCGCAUGCGAGACGCGAUGUGAACUGUCGCGCUUGAUGGCGAGGCCACGACUGGAGGGCAGAGGCUCAGCAAUAUUCACAUCGAACAAUAGUCACGGUGGGGGGAAAAAAAACUGGAAACACUUCUCCAGGUUUCCUUCGCCUCCUGCUGCUAAACUUUUAACGGUGUGAAUGUGCCCGUGCCAGUCCAAAAUCCGAAGUCAGUGGCUGCUGGGAGCGCAGAGAGAGACUAACGGAAGGCAGGGUUUGAAAUAUUGUCUAAAUUUAUAGGUGUGGGGUUGUUUUUUUUUUUUUAAAAUAGCCCUGUUUGUCAGACGAUCAGCUUCCUGACUGAUCACCUCAGCUGGCUUCGAAGAGAAGACAAUUUACUGGAGGCGUUGUUAUUCAAACGUGGACUUUUUCUUGCAGAAUGUGGUCAGGGAGUGACAGCGUUAAGGUGACAGUUGCCUAAAACAGUCUUGGAAUAUGGUUCCCAUCUCUGUGUCCCAGAAGCUAUUUGAAUAAAUAUUUUGUCCUGGGUUUUAGGAAGGGAAAAA